GGCUCCCAUACAUUCGCUUUUUCUAUCACGGUCGUUUGCAUAUACCAUUUAAUAAUACUUAAUCAUGAGGACUUCAGUCUUCUCCGCCACAUUGGCCAUUUCGGUCGGCGUUUCUGCCUUACCCCAGAUUACCCCUAACACGCCGCUUGCCCCCGCUCUUCCAUUGAACCUCUUCGACACCGAAAAAUUCGUUACUCCUCUUUCGCUCGAUUCUAUUCUCAAGGGCGAUUUCCCAAAACCAGGCGACAUCAUCAAGGACCUCGAGAACCUCCCAAAGCCAGAUAAAUUUCUCGGCAAUUUGUUUGGCGAAUCCAAAGAGGAGUCGGUCAGCCAGCCCGAGGAGGAGUCGGUUGACCAACCUAAGCCUCAGACGCAGUCUUUCGGUACCUCCAAGGCGGAGUCAUUCGAGGGAGCUGAUGAGUCUUCGUCCCAGAGCUUGUCGCAGUCUGACACAGUCAGCACACAGGCGACAUGCUCCAACCCCCGCGUCCGACAGGAAUGGGAUUCAUACAGCAACAGCGACCGACAGGCGUACAUCGACGCGAUCAAGUGUUUGAUGAGCAGGCCUGCCAACGGCCAGUUUUCCCAGUCCAAGAGCCGAUACGAGGAUCUGGUUGCUCUCCACCAGACAUUGACACCCAAUGUUCACGGAAGCUCCAAGUUCCUUCUCUGGCACAGGUACUACUUGUUCACGUUUGAGGAUAUACUCCGCAGCGAGUGUGGCUUCGAUCGCAACCUGCCAUGGUUCGACGAGACUCGGUACGCCGGAAGGUUUGCCGAGUCAUCCAUCUUUUCCGACCAGUGGUACGGUGGAAUCAACGCCGGCGGAAGGUGUAUCACCAACGGUCAAUUUGCCAACCAAGCCAUCAACGUCGGUCCCGGCCAGGGUAACAGCCUCCAUUGCCUUGCCCGUAACAACGAUGACUCCAAGACUGCCAACUGCAACCAGCAAAUGGUAGACGGCUGCAACAACCAGAACGACUAUGCCAGCAUGGCUAGCUGCUCCGAGGGUAGUGUACACGCCUGGGGACACAACGGUGUCGGCGCCGUCAUGCAGGACACCUGGGCAUCGCCUGCGGACGCCUUCUUCUUCCUGCACCACGCCUUCAUCGACCGCAACUUCCGCAUCUGGCAAAACAAGGACCCCAACACCCGCACAACCACCAUCAACGGCAACGACAAGGCCGGAAACCCAUUGACUCUUGACACCACCAUCAACGUCUACGACAUCCGUCCCACCGUCCGCAUCAGGGACAUCCUCGACACCACCAGCACCACCCUGUGCUACAAGUACAACUACUAGUUGGAUGUUUGUCUCUGUUUGUCCCAGUUUAGCGGUAGCAUAGUUUUGAGCUUAGCAAUGCAUUGCAGCCCGCCCAAUCGAACAACUCAUUUUGAGAACUCGUA